CUCAUUACCUAUAAAUGUGGUGUACAAUCCUGGUCAAAUAAUUGUUCAUGAUCUUCCUCCAACCGAGGGACCAGUUGAAGCUAAAAAGCCUCCAAUACUGUUGUUUACUCCAAAAAUGAGAAGAAAUUCAACCCCAUUAAAUCCUUAUGCUAGACCUGUAACUGCUCUUGAAGUUAGAGAUAUAUAUAGUGAACAAAUGAAAUCUAGAGCUUCACCAAAUGGAGGUAUUUCGCAAAUUGCUGAUAAACCCAACCCAUAUGUACAAAGGAAUUCUUUUCUCAGGCCAAUUAUAUUAUCAACUAAAACUGAGCCCUCAAAGCAAAGCCAAAAUACCAGUGUGCCACAGUCUCAAAUUACACAACCUCCUCCAAGCAGUUCUGGCUCUAACUCUAUGGCUAAACAGUCCCUUCACAGCAAGGUUUUGCAAUCAAAAUUUUACUUUUCUUCAACUACUGCAACUGCUCAGCAAGACGUUCCAUCUAACAAAACCAAUGUUUCAUACAUGGGGUUAAAUGGCCCUCAGGUAUUAACAAAUUUACCCAUACACAAUAAAGAGUGCUCAAAUCCAGCUGGUUUGAAAACCCCCAAUCAACUCAUCAAUGAAAAUUCUUCUGUGGAAAUAAAACAAGAAGGACCAUUGAAUUAUGAGCCUUUAGCAGCUGGUAAACAGUCCAAAAUUUCUGUCACACCUGAACGUCAACAACAAAUAAGAAGUGAGUCUUUAAACACAGGUGAGCACAAUUCUCUUGUUGGUUGUUGUUUUUGCUUCAAAUACCAAAUUUAAGAUCAAUGAACUCAAUUUAAUUGUUUGUUAUACCAAUUAUCAAAUAACUUAGGUUUUACACUAUUUCUAUUUUAAAAGAAUGAGAAAAUACUUGGGAACCCAAUAAAUAUACUAGUUUGUAAUUUAUACAUAAAUUACUUUUGCUUAAUAAAAAAAAAACCCUGACAAAUAAUAACUUGAGCAAUGCUUAAUUUUACAAUAUAAUUACUAUCAAGAUUUCUGGUUUUGUGGAACAGCAGAGGCAGAACUGUUUGUGGAAAAUUAAAAAUAGAAUUUCCCUUAAUCAAUGAGACUUAAAAGCCUUGUCGGAAUCGUGUAAAUUCUUCUUCUUCUUUAUUCUUCUUUAUUUUGAGGGCCCACGAUCAAUGAAUUGAUCAUUCUGGCUCCUAUGUUUCAGAGGGGUUUGCGAUGUUACUGUGCAUGGGUUUCAAUGGGAUGCUUCACUGGUUGCAAGGGCGACUCAUAUACAGGAGGCAAUAGACACAAAUGUGUCGAGUGUAGCCGCCUCAACUGUUGCUUUUGGAAGCUUGUUCCAGUCCCCUAUUGUCUUCGGCAGGAAUGAGGAGCUCCUGUACUUUGUUCUUGUUUUUAACAGCCGGAACUGUCUGUCGUGGCUUUGUCGCGGUCUAGGGGGGAAGAUGAACGAGUUUCUGUUUGAUUCCGGAGCAGUGGACCAGCCCAUUUUUUAUCUUGUACAACAUGGUGAGCCUGGAUAGUCGCCGUCAUUCUUCCAAUGUAGACCAGCCCAGUGUUUCUAGCAUGCUUCCAACACUUGAGGUGUUUCUGUAGCGGUUCAUGACAAAGCGUGCUGCCCGUCGCUGGACCGCCUCCAACCUGUCGAUGCUUUUCUGGGUAAAUGGGUCCCAGACUGUAGAAGUGUACUCUAAAAUAGGCCGGACAAAGGCUUUAUAGGCUUUUUCUUUCACGCUUGAUUUUCCGAUCUUCAGAUUGCGCCUUAAGAACCCCAGGGUCUUGUUUGCCCAGUUGCACACACUGUUAAUGUGCUCGUCCCAGCGGACCUCUCUUUGAAUGGUAACACCCAAGUACUUUACGGAGGAAACUGGCUCAAGAAUAUGGCCAUGCAGUUCGUAAGAGUGGUUUAGAGGGAACCUGCUUCUGGAGACUGACAGGGUCUGGCACUUGACGGGAUGAAAUUCCAUGUCCCAGCUCAUCUCCCACUCAGCUAACCGAUUGAGGUCUUGUUGAAGCUGGCUCUGGUCAGAGCUGUUGACGAUUGUCCUAUAUACUGCCGUGUCGUCUGCGAACAGUCUUGCUUGAGAGGUCAGCUUCUCGGGCAGAUCAUUGAUAUAUGCUAGGAACAAACAAGGAAAUAUGUGCACUGCAAACCUAUUAGUGCAUUUUACCUAGGCACUUGACUAGUUUAGUCUGUUAAGAUGUGCAAUGGCAGAACAGCUUCAUUUACGUUUGCAAAGUUUUACUUUUACUUCUAGUCUGUCUCCAACAUCCUUCAUGAUUUUUGUUGUCUGUUGUAUCCUUAGCUUUGCCAAUUUAGAUUUAGAGCCCAAGGAAACACCCAGUUACCUUAACUACAUUUUGUUUCUCAUGCUGUUUUGUUAGUCAGUUUUAAUAAAACUUGAGCAGUAGAAAAUGAUAAUCAAUUGUAGUUGUAGUAUUUUAAGGUAAAGUUAUUUUGACACAUGUGAAACCUGGUCAAUUUUUCAACAACAGAUAAACAUAACCUUGGGAAUGAUGUGAGGCAAAAAAAAAGAGUGGGGGAAAUUUUGAAACUAUUUUUUUUGUAAGUUCUAAGACUAUUUUUGGGUAACUCUAAGGGAAAAUGCCUUGCAUCUGUGUUCUGCUGCUUAAAGCAUUGUAUUAAAACCAUCUCACUCUAGAAUAAUAUAUGCAAAGGUGAUAUAUCAGAAAAAUAUUUUGUUUUAUGGCUUUUGUACAUUUCUGAGCUGAGAUUUGACAUAUUCCAUUGUAAGUUUUGUCAUCUAACUACAGUAUUGUAUAGUUAACUAAGGGAAGAAUUCUUGCAAAGUUUGGUGGCAAUUGUUCAGUUGUUGUAGAUUUGUGAUUGAGAGCCAUGCACACAUGGUUUCACAUAUUAAUAUUUCAUAUAUGGGUGCGUGUCCCUGGGAUGUUUAAAUGUAGAGCAAGUGGGGUAGAUAUUUAAAAAAGGCCCACUUAAGCUCCCCUUAACCUUCUGAUUUUUUUUUAAAGAUCAUAUUCUUUUAAACUUAAUGUUAAUUUACAAUAUUUUCAAAUGAGUAUACUCAUGUGUAGGAGAAGUGCCACAUAUUGUCUAAUUUAAAAACUUUAAUUUUUUUGUUCCCAUUUUCUAUUAUACAAAAAAAUAUAUUUAACACCAUCUAGUUUUCAUGGAAAAAAAUUUAUAAGUUACAUAGUAAAUAUUGAAGUAUUAAUUUUUUUUCUUCUUUAGAUAAAGGAAAAACAGUUAACUACAUCCACUUAAAAAGAAUGCCAGUGACAAAUACCAUGACGGGUAACGUUAACAUCAGGAAAACUGUAAAAGACAACAGAAAUAUUGCUAAUGAUGUAAAUUCCAAUAAUAAGGCUAGAACUGAUGUGAUUCAAAAGUCAUUACCUGAUUCUACUUCAGAGGUGAGCCAAAAUGCUCAUCCAUCAACAUUUGAUGAAUUAUUACGCCCCAUGUCUUCAAGCAAAAAUUCCUAUGCAGUUUUUGAAAAGCCCAGCAUGCGCCAUUAUUUAUUAUCAGUGACUAAAGAUAAAAAAACACUAAUAAACAUUCAAAAUAGUUCCAUCAGAGGUGAAGCACUGGAGUCAGAGGUUAUAAUUACAAGACCAUCGACAGACCCAGCAAAUUAUGUUACUAUACCAUUGCACAAGCUACAAAAACAUUCCAAAGUCACUGAACAAGAACAAUUAUUUAAACUAGCAAGUUUGAAGUCUGAACUCACAAAAAUUGAACAAAGACCUCAGGGAGACGGAGGACUACCAAAAAGCUCAAAUCUUACAGAACAAAUGAAAGUUAUGCCUUGCAAAAGAAGUGAUAGGAAUGAAAUUUCUGACAAUGAAGACUUUGACGGCAGCAUUGAGG